AACCUUAUGCUUUACGUCUAGUGUAUGCCACGGUAUGAGGAACACAUACGAUAUACAUGAUGGAGAAACACCUCUGUCACUGGCACUACGGAGUGGAAACCCGAACUGUGUCAUGUUUGCCAAAGCUGUGGCUGAUGCUACCAUGGAUAAAACCAGCAUGAAAAUUCUCAAAAAAAAACUCGGGUCAAAGUUCAACCAAGUGAGCAACAUUAUGAUGAUUCAGGCCCUGUCGAAAGAAGAUGCUAUGUCAUUCAAGAAACCUAGACACUGGAGUAAGAAAAAGAUGGGUCAGUACGAAUCCACCCACGAGAUGGCCGACAUCCUGGCUCUGAAACAGGACGGUAUGGUGCAUCCACAGGCGUGGCCACACUGGCAUCAGACCCUGCAGUCUCGCAGACCCAGCAGGACGUCGAACCGAGGUAUAUUCAGAGGCGAAUUCAUCCUCAUGAGGUCCUCGCCCCCGGGCACCUGCGCCAGGAGGGACAGGAUGAGAUUGGGGAGUCCACAGAACGGAUACCUGUACGCACAGAGAAACAGACCUUGUCCAAUCAGUCUCCCUCUACAACGGCACGAGUACCCCACACGCAUACACCAGAUCGAGGCUGAGGAAGAUCUUGAUAUUGAUGACAUGGAAAGGUUCAGCCAGAGGACGCCACUUGGGAUGAUCCAGGAGUACAACGGAUUCCACCAGGGAAGCCGAGACUCGUCAUUGGAUGACAUCAAGGAGGAACAGGAGGACGGGUUCGACUCCGUGUCCGUCUACAGCAGGACGCUCCCCAUCGUCCGACGAGCAAACCUAUCUCGUGACGACACAAGCGAGUACGAAGAGGCAAAAACUGUGUUUUCGUCGACAAAGAAGUUCUUCGCAAAGAGGAAGAAACACAAGGACGAGAAGGAAAAGCUGUCGACGGUCCAGGAAGACGAGUACACAGACGAUCGGUCUCCCUCUCCGGAAAUAGACUACAGCUCGGAUGAGUCAGGCAUCUCCGGAUUUGAAGGUCAGAAUGGUUUCAACUUGUCUACGUCUGCAGAGUCGGGACACAUGAAGAGGCUGUCUUGUGGGUCGUCUGACUCUGCCAUGAGGGAUUCAGAUGGUGGAUCUUCCCUAUGUUCAGACAUGGAGGGUGCUGUCACGACGGUGGAGAUCAACAUUGUACACUGCGAGGAUGACGUUAACAAGAAACCAUCAGACGAUAUGAGUGGUUACGAAAGUUCUCUGCCCUCGUCGCGAAUUCUUCCCGAUUCUGAUGAAACAGCUGUGUUCACAUUUGGCGACACAACCGAAGAUGGUUGCUCUGAGAGAGGAUCUGUGAAAAAAUUCCCUUUACCAGAAAGGCCACCAUGGAAGAGUAAAGGCUUAGUCCACAUGCAAAUGAACGCGCGUAAAUUCAGCUCUUCCAGCGAGGAGGAAGACGAUGUUCCCAUCCCAAGCUUCCUGCACGUGAAGAAAGAAAGCAAGCAAACACAGUUGGCUGAUCAGCAUGACGAUGAACAUCUGUACAGUGAGAUUGUUCCUCUGUCCGAGAACGAGAGUGAAAAGGAAACCACACAGGCCACGUCCGCACAGGAGACGUGCAAACAACCUUUGGAUGUGUCUCAUUCAGGCUCGUCUAAUCUCGGUUUGAACUCCAGUAGCUUAGCAGCCAUCCUCAAGCACAGCAUUACAAACGGAACGUUCAAAAGAACUGUACGAGGAAUUCCACCAGCUCACAACACGUGUAAUCCAGUCUUCAGUUCUGAGAACAUAGUCAAAGAUCCUUCUACGUUAGAACGAAGAAGAAAUCAAUCUUCGGCUAGGAGAGAUUCUGCUACUGAUCAAACUGUCAAGAAUAACGAGAGACAGAAAAUGCAGGAUAAACGUGAGAGACAGGAACGAGAACAGAGACAAUAUGGAGAAAAAAUACGAGACAGGCAAGAGCGAGAAGAAAAACAAGUCAGAGAAGACAGACAAGCGAAAGAAGAGAGACAGGUCGAUAAGCAAGAGAAGGUCGAGAGACACAAACCGAACAACCCGGAUAAGGCACAGAUGCAGGCUACUUCAGACUCGGAUGAGGGGAUUGGAAGUCAUGAUGACAGUGCAGAACACGUAGAAUUAAAACUGGUCGAGAAAGAAGAUAAUGAACCGAAGAAACGAGGACUGAAAAUUAAGGAACUGCAAGAAAUUCUUAUCAAAAAGGAUUUACCCUUUGCCAACCCGGCGCUAAUACUCGGUAUCCAGGCGAAAAAGCAAGAGGCGAAAGAACCCAGAAAAAACCCGGUGACAGUUGCUCUAGCAGCGAGAACACGACGUGGAUCAUGUAGCGAUUCUGAUACAGAGGUCAUUCUGAAGCCAUCAGCCAUCGUGAGUCCCAAACGUGCGGCUCCACCCAUACCAAACACCACCAGCACGAUGACGACAUCACUGGCACCACCAGCGCCACCACUACCACCACCACCCUCAACUCUUCCCAAAGUGAACAGAAAUGUGACGAAUGCUUCAGCUGCCAGACUGGCGUCCAGGAAAUGUGAACGUGAUUCCGAGAAAACAUACGCAACCACAACGAAACUGAGCGAGACGAAAGACGAACUGUGUUUUGACGAGGAAACGAAAGCCAGAAUCUCCUCCAUCAAGUCGAUGCUUCAGAGAGCCACAUUUGCUGAUAAACCAAUGGGGACAAUGUCCCUACCCAGGAAAAUAUCCAGCGUUUCAUAGGAGGAUUCGCUACCAUGGUGAUUCAUAUUUAGUACAGUAUCUAAAACUGUGAUAUGGAUUUAAUAUUGUGAUUCGGAACCGAAGUAUUGUGAUUAUAAUUUGGUACAGCGAUAUUCUGGCUGAUAUUCGGUACACUAUUAAUAUUAUGGUUUCGAUUUGGUACAGUAGCUUUUGUUAUUUCGAUUCAUCACAAUGCUGUUGUGUUUUGGAUUCAGUACGGUGGUGUUGUGGUUUGUAUUUCAUCAAGUGGUUUCAUCAUUAGAAUUAAGUACAGUAAUGUUUAAACUUGACUUUGAGUCAGUGCUGUUGUAACUGAUUCGGUUCAGUGCUAUUAAAACUGUGAUAUGAUUGUUCAAAGAUUUGCGAAUUUCUCAAAUCGUGUGUUGGGAUGUGUCGGUUAGACCAGCUAUACAGCUGUGAUCUACUGGGCACGAUUGGCGGUUACCGUUUCUGAACUGAUAAGAGUUGGCGCAUCUUUCCUUUGUGAACCGAGAAAAGUGUUUAAACAAACUGUUGACUUUAAAAUUUAAUAUACGUUGUAUAAACACCCCCAGAAUUCUGUUGUGUACACUGAAUGUGCUGAUUUGAGUGUUAAUGUGAGAGAACCUUUACUACCUUGUAAUAUAUAAGGAUCUUUAUAGAGAAACACUUUUAUUGUACCUGUGUGCUAUCAGUAAUAGUACACCAUUAUGUAUACAAAUAUGUCAUUAUAGCACAAUGUUAAAUAUCCAGAUCUGUUUUAUGCUGCUUACUAUGCUUUGGAGUGGUAUAAAUAAAAUACUUACUGUUUUUAUGUGGAGUAGUGCUAUAUCUCUGUGUUUAAUAAACAAAUUCUUUUGAGUGGUAUAUAAAUUUAGUAUUCCGUUAUGUGGAUCGGUAUUUAAAUUUAUGGUCCUAACUCAGCAUUAAUACGAGUCACUAGUCAUGAAUGCGUAUGAUUUUGGAGAGGAAUAGAAACUAUACGAUUGCUGUGUCUUGGCAUUUUGUCAAAACAGUCUUAUGCCUCAAUGCAUUUCGGUUGUAUUGACAUUGGUGCUCUAUGGCAGGGUGGUAGAUUGUCUGUUUAAGACACAGACUGCUGACUUUCGUCUGGCCUGCCUGUUUUUAAGGAAGAUUCUACGAUGUUUACAUAUAACGGUUUGAGAGGCAGUAUGUAUCAAUUCCUCACAAAAGCUACCAGCUGUAUAUUUAAGUGAGGGUCACGUGUUUCGUAUCUCUGCAUAAGGGAGACAAAAAUACGUUUUGACAACGUUAUACUAUCUUACCAAACUAGAUUAAAGUAGAUGUAUCAACCGAAACGUCCAGUCAUAGAUUCAGUCUAGUGGGGAGGGUAUGUGUUUCUAUAUUAUUUGCUUUUAAUAUUUAUUUGAUGUAUUUGUUCUGUUACUGCUUUUAUAAUUGUAAAUAUAGUAUUGUACAUAAUAUAAAACUGCAUUAUAUACAUUACCGUAAACACAUAUAUCGUUACUACUGAGAAACGUACCUAUUUUGAGGAAGGUAGGUGUGGGUACUGAAUGCUAUAUAUUUUACGUUGAUAUGUCUGGUCGGUCUAGAAAAGACGUGGUGUCACAGGUCCACGUACAGUUACAUGUACACGUGUUUCCUAUAGAAAAGUGUAAUGGUUCCAUUUAAAAUUAUUUACACUUCUUUUCCUUACCAACUGAUCUCGCAUGUAACUAAUUACCGCAUCGUCGAAAGUGUUUUAUUUCGCGUCAAAUAAAAUAAGGGACCGAUAGUGUGCUAUAGACAUUUGCAAUUCGAAUUGUCCAACAUUAACACACAAAAAAACCUGAUUUAAAAAAAAACCCCUCAUAAUAUUAAAUUAAACACAAACUUUAAAUAAGCUACACCAAUAAACUAUGCGUUUAAAAAUUGAAUAUUAUAUUUUUCCACUUUAGCAAUUCCGGUUAAUCACGUGCAUGUUGUCCAGUUCUUACUUAACCAAUUAAAACGCGCGAGAUAUAGAACUAGUAUUUUACAGCAUUGACGUAUUAUUUUAAAUUUGUUUGGUGACAUGUGAAAAUCUAGUAACAUGAAGCUAAUACCAUUACAAAACAACAGGAUGGGAUAGCUAGUGUCAGGACAAAACUAAUAGGAUCUAGUAACUAAUAUCAUUACAAAACAACAGGAUGGGAUAGCUAGUGUCAGGACAAAACCAAUGGGUUCAGGUAAUUAGGUUUUAAAUUCAAACAGGGUUAUUAUUCCAAAAUCAGUUUUAAAAUAAUGGGAUCAGAUAACUAGUACCACGACAAAACCAAUAGGAUGGGGUAAUUAGUACCAUGAAAAACAAGGAUGUAGUAACUAAUACCAUUACAAUGCCAAUAGGAUUGGGUAACUAGUACCAUGACGAAACUAAUAGGAUAAGGUAACUAGUACCAUGGCAAAACCAAUGGCAUGGGAUAACUAGUACCAUGACAAAAACUAAUGGGAUCAGAUGACUAGUAUCAUGAAAUCAGGUCUAUGACGAAACUGGUACUAUGGCGAAAGUUAUUUCAUACUGAAGUGUUUAGUGAAAUCUUAGUACGAAAAACACAUCUGCCAUUGCGUGCCAAACCAAUACCAAGAGGAAACUAAAGUACCAAUCACAGAUAUACCCCAUCGUGGUUUAGCUUGUUAGAUAUGGUUUGUGAAAAUAUGUGGAACGAGAAAGUGAAAAUUGUAUUAGUAUUAUAAUGACCUGUAAACCUGGGUUUCCAUAGAAGUUCACGUGUCAUGAUUAACGUUUCACAAUUCACUUUCAUGACGGUUUCACGUAGACUCGGUUCAUUUGUCACUUUCGUUUUCCACACCAUACCAUAAUUAUCACACCAUACCAUAAUUAUCAUACCAUACCAUAAUUAUCAUACCAUACCACACCAUAAUCUAAUCAUAUCAUAUCAUUUCCACUCAGUUAGCAACCAAAUAUCUUUCAAGAUUUUUGUAAAAUGUACCCAAAAUCCACGAAGGAAGAAACUACCGUAUUUACAUUUUCAACAUAAUGUAAUAGAUUUUGCAUUAUGUAGGUUAUUUCGCAACUACAAUGAUUAAAUAAUUUAACUGUGCUUCGCUGUUCAUGUCACAACCCCCCCCCCCCC